AUGUCGUUUGAACCUCAUCAGCAGGAUGGUGCGCUGCCGUUCUCCGACGUGACAGGUCUGCUCGCUGCCGCUGCAGGUGCUGAGAAACAGCAAGCCCUCGUGGCCCGCAUCUUGGUGCCUCCUGAAGCGAUCUCUGCCCCUUCCAGCUCAUUCGAUCACUUUGCACGCCUUUCGAGCAUAGCUACACAGCUUAGGGAGUUCUUUGGCGAGCAUACUAGAUGCAGUGACCACCUCGAUGGCCAAGACUAUAUUUGGCACAAGGAGCCGCCUUCCAUUUCGGUCGUAUGUCCUUCCUCAUCCUCCCGUGUCUCUACCUCGAGCGCCUCGACGCAGCUACCGCCACAUAUUCUCUUACAUCUGCGCACAGGGGGAGAGUGCAUCGAAGACGAAUGGUUUGCAACGCAUCUUCUGAUCCGAGCAUCAUCGCACUUUGUCCACUAUCAAUUGUGUAUCAAUGUGGAAGACGAGGACGGUCAGUUCCUUCUCAUUGAAGCUGCAGACUACCUUCCAGAAUGGGUUACUCCGGAAGCAGUGGAGAAUCGAGUGUGGAUUUUCGACGGCCAUCUGCAUCUGAUCUCACCGCACCACAAUGACAGGGAUGAUGCGCCUUUAUCGACUUGUCGAGCUGUUGAGCUUGUUAGCGACAGUUGCAUCCUGACCCGGGCCUCUGACGACGUCGAAGCAGCUGCCUUUGCUCGAGCUUUCGAGUUCCCGUCUGCUGCCAAACAGCAUCAUCACCGAACGCUUGCCUACCUGCCACAACGCAUCGCAAGAGUGCUUGCGGUCGAACCACAGCUUAUAGCCAAUUGCGUCACUUCAAUACAGUCUCGAGACGUCGUCAGUUGUCGCUCUGCAUCCAGACUCGUGCAUUUCGCACCACCUUUGCAGGAUUCGGUUAGGUCCGCAUCGAGCAACGUAUCUGUCCACGACAAUGACGCCCAUGUCGCACUGUAUUCGGUGCGAAUGACACGCCAUCUUUACGCACAGUUACUCUACGACCGCUUCUUCCCACCACGUCAGCUUGGUGUCGAUUGGCAGGCAGCCGUGGAGAAAUAUCGACUUCGACUGCAUUCGCUGAAUUCUUGUUCGGACUCCAAGGCCAAGGAAAAGAUUGAGGAUGAAACACAAGUGCAGGCCGAGCUACACCAAGGACGAUGGCGCGAUCUUGGAGCCAAGAUCUGGUGCGGUAUGGAAAUGUCAUACACCGACUCACUCGCACGUCGCGCGAGCACAAAGCCACGCCCCAUGGCUUCAUCAGCCUCAACGAUACCCGCACAAGAGUAUCAAGCGCUCAUAGAAUCACUGAACAAGCUUGGAUAUUUCCAGGACGAGAUCGAGGAUAGUGCAAAGUGGAAGCAGCUACAAGCCAAAGCGCUUGCACAGUAUUUUGAGCGAUCAGAAGUGCAAGUUGGUGGCCAAUCCAACAAGCACGACGCUUUGCUCUGCGAUACAGUUGAUCACAUUCUUCAGCAAGCCAGUGCCGACACAUCAUUGGUCAAGUCGUUACCAUCUAAUGCUACUCUCGAUAUGCUCAGAGAGGCAGAGGACGACGACUCUUGGCUGCAGCUCGGUCCAGACGACGUCGAUACUAUCCUGCACGGCAAACUUGGCUCCUCCAACGACGGCUCGCGCGUUGUCGAUGAGCAAGACACGUUUAAGCGUCUAGGAGCGUUCAACAGCAAGAUGGCAGAAUUCGUCCAAACCAAAUCCGACGUGCGCGGCGCUGUGUUUGCGGAUGAGGUGGAUGCAGACGAUUUGCAAGUGGACGAUGACGAGCUGUUGUUCGAAGACCUUGACGAGGACGAGCAGGAAGAGAGCAUUCGACGCCAGGUGCAGGAGAGGAUGCGAACGUGCGGGCAUGAAGCCAAGAGACAGCUUGUGGAACGCUUGAUUCCACGCAUGUCGGAGCACGAGUGGACGCGUAAACCAGCUAUGAAUGCUCAAUCCGGACGCGGUGCUGACGAGCAAAACGAAGGCGCUCACAAUUUUCUUGCAUCCAUUGAUCGGAUGGCUGCUGAGCGAACUACGGCUACGCGUGCAGCUGCACAGCAAAAGCCGCAAACCACCGUGGCGAUGCGUCAAGAUAACCACCUUUCUGCGGCUCACGCUGAGCUAAGUCGUCGUCUCGCCUCGCAGUACAUGCGUGAGACGUCGAUGCUUCUCUCCUCGCAUGCGCACCAUCAGUUCGACGGGGCUUCCGACUCGGACGACGAAGAGCUGGAGCAGGAAACUUCACCCGAAAUCCGACGCCAGCGCGCCGAGGAAUACGAUAUCGAUCCUGACGACCUAGUGACAACAGCAGCGGAUGCAGCCAUGGAGGCCGGUUGGGAGGAUAUUGGCGAGCCAGCGGAGCUAGACGAAGAGACGGAGGUGGGCAACCUGUUGGAGUAUGCCCGAAUCAGCCUUGGGCUGACGAAAGAGCAGUAUCAGCAAAUUCUCGACGAGAGGCAGAGCAAAGGCAAAUUUGUACCCGCUACACCGACAGCAAAGAAAGACACGCAGUCAGACGACAAAUCUACCACACCAGCUGCAUUGAAACUCGACACGUUCGAAGACGUUAUGGCUGCCAUGGAAGAUCGGCUGCAUCAGCUACAGACCACUACGCAUGACUCUCGUAUUACGGAAUCCUCAAAACUCGCCCCGAAAUCCGAACAAGAUCCAGCUGCAGUCAACGAUGUUGACCAAGACAAAGAGCUCCUAGCGCACCUUGUCAAGUCUGGUUCAGAUCUUCCAUCGUCCCUACUCCCACAUCUCGGCGACGCCGAUCACGCAGACACCAUUCAGGCCGAGCAGAUGCAAGCCUUUCUGCGCUCGUUCCAAGCUCAGGCAUCAACCACCGGUCCGCAGUCCGGCUCUGGACCAGUGGACGUCCUCAUGCGUCGAUUCGGACUCGGCAGCUUACCCGCUGAUCAAGAUCCGCACUUCUCCCGAUAA